AAGAAUAAGUAUGCUUUGCUGAUGACGGAAGCUUUCCAGAAUCUGUAGAGGAGUUCCGCUGCACCCAUACCGAGAGAGGUAUAUAUACACGGCGGGAGAGGAAGCCUGACAAGAAACUACUGCCUUGUGUUAUAUUAACAAGCUCAAACCUACAUUCCAGAAACUCUACAAAAUGGCUAUGAUGAGAAGAGGAAAAAUCCCAAAAGAAGUACAGUUCAUCUUUGACAAAUAUGCGCACCAGAACGUGAGAAGCUUGAAGAAACCGGACGCCAUUAGGCUCCUGAAAACAGAGUUCAACUUGAAUGAUGCAGAAGCAGAGUGCAUGUUUGAUACCUUCGAUAAAGAUCAAAAUUCCAUCAUGAGUAUCUGGGAAUUCCAGCAAUUCUACGAAACUGUUGGGAAUGGGGCUUCCGAAAUGUUGAACAAAUUCCAUGAAUUGGAUGUGGACAGAAGCGGAAAACUCGACCAAGAUGAAGCCAAACAAGGACUUGAACUUAUGACAACCGCCACCGGGCGAAAAUUAGAUCCCCGUGAAAUCGAAUUCUUCCUGAAAACCGCCUCGGAUGACCAAGGCUUUAUUGAUAUCGGAAAGUUUGUCAGUCUGUUCAAGCGUUUGAAAGUUUACGACAGUCCCGCACCCCCGAAGAAUGCCAAGUGCCAUGUGCUGGGAAGUGAAUGAAGUGGAACAGACCAAACAAAGGACAGUGUUGGAUAGCAUAUUCUUGGAUGAACAUAAUUUUUUGUUAAAUUUUAAGAUUUAAUUUUUUAAUUAUUCAGAUGCAUUGGACGUCGUUCAUAUACUCCUUAUAAGCUUAAUUAUUGUCUUUUGAGAAAUGUUGAAUCACGUGUUUUAAUUUCAUGUUAUACAUUGUACGCUGAUCGUA